AUGCCCCGGAAAGCGCACACCAAAUCUCGGUACGGGUGUGAUCACUGUCGACGUCGACGCGUCAAAUGUGACGAGCAGGGACCACCAUGCAUCAAGUGCAUUACCCGACAAUUGGAGGGCUGCACGUAUUCCAGGGUUCUACCUGCAUAUCUGCUCAACACCCGUCGACCAAGUCAUGAUUCUAUUAAAACAAGUCCCGUCAGCCUUGGACCCUUUGUUGGACCGAACGGUAUCGGUCCGCCACCGAAAUCCCCGCUGGAGACGCUGGGUGUGGACGAACUGGAGCUAAUGCAUCAGUUUGCGACGGAGACGUAUCAAAGUCUUUGUGUCAGUGAAUCGGAGAGAGUGACAUGGCAGAAAGUUGUGCCUCGACUGGCGUUGAAGCAUCGGUAUUUGAUGCAUGGCAUUUUGUCAUUGGCUUCGCUGCAUAUUGCCACGACGUUGGAAGCGCCUCAAGCACGGGUCUAUAUCGAUAUGGGGCUUGAGUAUCACAGCAUGAGUCUUGAGCCGUUCCGGGUUGCAAUUGACAAUCUGACACCGCAGAAUUGCGACGCGGUCUUUGCAGAAUCAGUCGUUACCACGGCAAUUAGUCUGUCAUUGCCACAAUUAACUGCCACCCACGGGAAUGAAGGGGGAAUGAUCGAACAUAUGGUGACGGUCUUCGAACUUCUCCAAGGCGUCAAGAAGAUAUUGACGAUCGGUCGAUCAUGGAUCCGCCUGGAACUCUUCUCAAAAGGCGAAUUUUGGAAAGACAGCUCUGCCGAACUCGACGACGAUACCCAAUCUGCACUGAAUCAACUAUCCUUCCUGAAUAACCAGACCCGUUCAGGCGGUGACGACAUCCAGCACGGUAUUAAUCGAGAUGUCAUUAAUUAUCUCAGACACUGUUUCAUGAAAUCCUCUUUCUCCUCGGAUCCCGCUCCGGUCCUUGCAUGGCUUGGUUCUGUGGAUAAAGGUUUUGUAAAUGGCAUUCGGAGGAGGUCGCCAUUUCAACUUCUGAUACUCGCAUAUUGGGGUAUUCUUCUAGCCGAACUCGAUGGAAAUCGUUGGUGGGCUCGCAAUGCGGGGAAGGCGCUAGUCUCUGAGAUUCUGGAGUCAUUGGAUGCUGAAGAUCUUUUGUGGGAGGGUUGUCUUGAAUGGGUUCGUCGGAAGUUGGGUUCGCACGAUGCCCAAGGAAAUGGGGCCAAUGGGAUCGAAAAAUCAAGCUAUACUUGA